CACACAGCUUUGGAGCAGGCCAGAGAACACAACAACCCAGAGGUGGCUCUUCUGCUGACCAAAGCUCCAAAGGUGCAGAGUUUUGUGCGUGGCCGUAGUGUGAGGAAGAGGAGAGACAAGCUGAAGGAGGAGGGCCGAGCGCAGUCUGUGCCCAGAGACCAGAUGCUGCCCUGCAAGGACAGUGUGUCUCCUGCAGAUGACUCCCAGAGCAGUGAGCGAAGAGCGGUCUGCAAACUCACCGAGUCCAACACCAGGGGGAGGAAGAGCAGGAAGCAGAAAGACAAGCCAUCUUUGUCCGAGCCCCUCCGCCGCAAAGAGACCAAGCCCGGCGAAGCUCUCACCAAGAGGAAAUGCAAACAGCGAGGAGCCCCCCUGCAUGGGUCCAUCCCUCCACAUAACUACAAAGCCUAUCAGCUGUACACACUGUACCGCGGCAAGGACGGCAAGAUCAUGCAGGCUCCUCUGAAUGGCUGCCGCUGUGAGCCUCUCAUCAGUAAACUGGAGAACCAGAUGGAGGCCACGAAGGAGGAGAUGAAGAAUGAGAUCCACACUGUGCAGGACCUGAUGAACAGCAAGAUGGGCCAGCUAGACCGCAAGAACAAACACCAGAUGAGAGCUCUCGACAAGAUGACAGUGGAGAGGGUGUGUGCGGAGAGGACGGAGUGUGUGCAGAGGAUGGAGCAGCGGGCCCUGCAGGAGAGGCUGGAGGCUGAGAACAGACAGGCGUCUCUGGUCCAUGAGCUGAAGAGCUGGUGUCUGUCCAAGCUGCACAGCAUGGAGCCCGGCCAGCCCCCCCCUCGAGGCGCUGCUCCUCUGUGGCCGAGGGCCUGGACCAGCUGCCGUCAGACCAGGGGGGGGGCCCCGAGAGCCGGGAGCUCCAGCACAGCCCGCCCCCCUGGACUCCAGCCCGGGGGGCCCAGUUUGGGGGAGGGCGGUUCCCCCAAACAAUACUUUGUGGUUCAUGUGGAGAGCUCUCCAGGUUAGUUUAUUAUUACAUUUGAUGGAUAGUGGCAUAAUUAAUUCAAGAGUUAACAAUGCCAUGUACUUCCAUUUAAUUGAAAUAUGUCUAGUGUUUACAAAAAGG